CAUGACCAGCCCCUCACCCGACGCUACCACGCACAACCAACACGCUGCGCUCACCGACCCCACUACACGCACUGGGCAGGACACUCUCAACUCUUUGCUCAUUGCCACGGGCUAUAAGCCGCUCUCGAUUGCGAUGCAAGAGACCCCUCAACCCGUCGACCAAGCCGUCCUUGCUGGCCACGCCACCGUACGUGUUGGCGUACCUGUAACUGCUGACCAACCCGUCCAGCAACACGUCAACCAACCUGCUGCCCAAGACAGCCAUCAAGACAGCGACUCGCAGAGCGCCUUGCAACACUCAAAGGCUGCCUCCCCUAUUCAGGUUGACAGCGACUCUUCGUCCAACGACACGGAUGAGGAACGCGUUCCCUCGUACGCCAACGUAUGCGACAAACUGCGCGCACAGAACAAGGCACUCAAGAGGAAGCUGAAGGAGCGAGACGAGCUCAACACGCGCCUCCAACAACAGCUGCUCAACGCGCUCCGAGCCCGCACUACCACUCACACGCCACGUGCACCAUCUACGUCGACGUCAAGGUCUACCUCCAACACGACGUCCACCACUGCGCGCAAGAGACAUGGACCUGAAGCACGCAUCAGGAGCAUCUGGAAGCACGAGCAGAGAGACGGCCACCUCUCAUUCAAAGUCACCUAUGCGGAUGGUGCCUCAGGCGACGUACGCGUACUUGCAGGCAACCCGGGUCUCCACGAGGCCAUUGAGACAUAUUUCAACACGCCUAAGGCCCACAACAAGAAGCCGGUCAUCAACCGAGAGACCUACAACAGGCUCAAGGAAGCUGACUUUGACAUCAGGCUUGCACGUCUUAUGCUUGGUCUACGCAACAAGUAAGGCGUAUACAGCAACAUGCAGCGCAUAAGUUCUGGGACAGAACUUCAAAGAGAGAGGGGGGUGAUUGUAACGGAUUGCCUACCCGCCCUAAGUAUCGUAUUGUGACUCGUACAAGACUCUACCCGUAGCCGCGUAUAACUAACACACAAAAGCAACACAAAACAGACUCAUAGCUAUCCGACCCGUAUCACGUGCCCAGCUUCGUACGACCAGAUCUCUGAAAACUAUAAAACAUCUUCCCAGUAGCUCUUUUGUCUCUUAACUUCUUUGAUU